UGCCCUCCGCUGUGUGGAAGAGGGGAAGCAGAGCAUACAGGAGGGUGCAGAGAUGGGGUCUCUCAAAGGGAUGUUCGCAAUCCUUUCCAUUUUGUGCCCCCAUUUUGCAGAAUCAGAAGAUGAUUAUUUAUGGAAGUUGCCUGAAUUUGGAGAUGUUUAUCAUGUCUCAGGAACUCUCAGGAUACCCUUUGCCGAGAUCGAAGAGCCGUUUGAAGCUUGGUACAACUUGACUGUAAGGAAGAGCCGCAUCCAGUAUUAUGAUGGACAGGUUGUCACCUACCAGAUGGAGACAGCGGGUCCAUGGGGUGCCAACUACAAAGUCACCCCAGAGACCACCGAAACGGAGACGAACGUGAGAAAGUGCUUCCGAAUAAAUGGCACUGCAGAACGACCUGCCGUAACACAGAGUGUCUUCCCUAAUUUGGACGGAUUUAAGCUGGUAAGGACGGAGUUCUACAAAGGACUUGCCUGCGCAGUGUGGCAGAAUGUGUCCUACUGGGGCAACAAGAAAAACGUUUACACUCUGUGGGUAACUGCUUCCGAAGACCACCCAGUCCCGGUCCACUACGAGAUGACGGGUGUCAACAACCUUAUGGGUUCUCAUUAUGACAAGUACAGCGUUGAUUAUCAUGGCUUCUCCCACAGCUUCUCACCCAGCAUGCUGAACCUGCCAAAGGAGAUGGAUUGUGAGUGGCCUAUGGGACAAGAAGAUGAGCAUGCUAUCCUGGCCAAUCCCAUGCAAGAUUUUGUCUCAAGAACACAGGACAGAGGCCAUAGAGUCUUCCACUAUUACAGGAAGAUGUACCGAAAAGAAUAUAGUUCCGAGAAGGAAAUGGAACAAAGAGCACACACCUUUAUUCACAACAUGAGGUUUGUCCACUCCAAGAAUCGAGCCAACCUGCCCUUCAAGAUGGCCCUGAACCACCUGGCGGAUCGCACCCCGGAGGAGAUGGCUACCAUGAGAGGACUUCUGCCAGACAAGACCCCCAACAAUGGAGAGCCUUUCCCCUUAGAACUAUAUUCUGACAUCAUCCUGCCCAAAAACCUUGACUGGAGACUGUACGGUGCCGUAACACCCGUGAAAGACCAGGCCUUAUGCGGUUCCUGCUGGAGUUUUGCUACCACCGGGGCUGUGGAAGGAGCCCUCUUCUUUAAAAGUGGACAGCUGACCCCCUUGUCCGAGCAAGCCUUGAUCGACUGCUCCUGGGGCUUUGGGAAUUUUGGCUGCGAUGGAGGCAUUGCAUGGCGGGCCUUUAAAUGGGCGAAGAAACAUGGCGGCAUACCAAGUGCUGAAUCCUAUGGGCCAUAUAGCGGUCAGAAUGGAUACUGCCACUACAAUCAAUCCAAGUUCCUAGGUAACAUCUCAAGAUACAUCAACAUCCCUUAUGGUAAUAUCACUGCCUUGAAACAGGCUAUCUUCAAGAACGGACCUGUGGCUGUGAGCAUUAAUGCCUCCCCCAAGUCAUUCACAUUCUAUGCCAAUGGUGUCUAUUAUGACCCUGAAUGUGGAAAUGACACAGUCUUGAACCAUGGAGUACUGGCUGUAGGCUAUGGUGUCCUACAUGGAGAGACCUACUGGAUCAUCAAAAACUCCUGGUCCACCUAUUGGGGAAAUAAUGGCUACAUUCUCCUUUCCAUGAAAGACAAUAACUGUGGGGUGGCCAAUGCUGCUCUUUACCCUGUUAUAGAGUAA